GGCACACACCUCGUCGUUGCAAAUGUGGUUGCUUGUCUGUCGACGUCCAUAGUAGUUCGUUUUGGAAAAGCUGAAUAUGAGUAAGCCUCCCAUUCACUCAGCACUUCUUCCCAUUUCCUGGCUAAUUGGGAAGUGGAAGGGACAUGGCACUGGUGUAUUUCCAACAAUUAAACCUUUUGAGUACAAUGAAGAAAUUCACUUCRACCACUUUGGAAAACCCAUCAUGACUUACAAUACUAAAAGCUGGAGUGUAGAUGCAUCACAAGUUCCCAUGCAUUAUGAAAGUGGUUUUCUAAGGGUAAAUCCCAGCACAUCAGUUGUCGCUUUCAUGGUAUCACACAAUGCUGGUAUGUUUGUUGUCUUAUAUCACAAGUAUUCUGAACAACAGAAUAAAAAGCUUCAUAGUUUCACWGARAUAGAUGAAGGGAACAUUGAYAAGGAUAAAGAMACAUGUGACACAAUUUGCUUAAAGUCACACAGCAUUGGAAGGAUGUCUUUUAGUGCUGCACCAAAAGUAACAAAGAUUGAAAGAGUCUACAAACUCAUUGACAAAGACACAAUGGAGUACAAUAUGUCCAUGGAGACUGACAAAUCACCACACAGCAAUCACCUGAAAAUCACCUACAAGAGGAUUAGUGAUGAUUAAAGACAUGAUUACAAAAAGAUAUAUAUUAGUGUAGCAAGAUGAAGUAAAGUUCAGCUAAAUGCAAUUUUUCAUGAAUAUCCAAUACUUUGUUAACAUAUAUUCAGAAGGAUGUGAACACAUUUUAUAGUAUAUUUGUUAGAAAAUAAUAAUGGAAUAACAUGGUUUAA